AUGGCGACGACCGCCUCCGAUAUGGCCCCACAGCGGCUCGAACCCUUUGAUGGUCUCAGGCGAGCGCGCAGGGGUGUUCUGCCUGGCGGUCAGCGCAGCGUCGAGGUCCAUAGGGGUCGCGACGAUAGCCCCGAUGGUCUGGAUCAGACCUCGCAGACCUCGCAGACCUCGCAGAGCCCGGCUAGCGCCCGCCACCGCCAUCACCCUCUCCCUCACCAGACUUUUUCAGACCAAGCUCCCUCCUUUCCUCACGUUCCUCGUCCGUCAACCUUUCCCUCGCCCUCCCCGAUCCCUGCAGUGCGACCUGAGCCGAACGGUUCUCCCGCUGGGUCCUCGCGGACGUACCCUCGGAGUGUCAACAACGCCAACAGCCAGGCGCUGGCUGGCCCGUCCUGGCCGUCCUCGGGCAACUUAACAGAUCUGGGCGGCCAGAACCGUCCCAGACCUUCCUUACUACCCUCGAUCACUUCGCCUCGCAAGCGCUACCACUCGUUCAACAAACACGCUCCUUCUAAGACCUCGAUCAAAUCACACUCUCGAUCACACUCCCUCUCGGCUCCCUUCUCUCGUUCCUUCCUCCCCGACGACAGCGCUGCCUUACCGCCUAGCGAUAUCUUCCCUCCUCCCAACUUCGCCUCUCACAGGGAGGCUGUUCCAGCUCCGAAGUCCAGGAGGUCAACUUCGGGCCAAGCUUCAGCACCCUUCUCUGUUGACUUCUUCGCGGACGAGAAGUUUCUUACCCUUCCUCCUCUUCCACCGAAUCCGUCACCCACCCCAGCUCCCCGACUCCUCCGCAGCUUUCGCAGCCGCAUCCCCCUACCCGUCAACCCCUUUCGCGGUCUAGCUGGAGCGCCUGGCCCAAUCGAUGAGGCUGAGGCGUCAACGUAUCCCCUGCCACUUGUCGCCAAGAUGGUCAACGGCGCGCGUGAGGCGGCCCUGGGGACGGCGCUGCGUGACGGCUCAGACCCGACGUCAACUCUGGAAGAAUACGCCUGGCGCUCGCUCAUCGCCAGAGUUCGAGUUCGCGACUACUGCGAGGGAGCGACCUUCGCCGUCUGUGCAUCGUCUGUGAACCAUGUACGAGUGGCUAUCACUCACACGCCAACUCGACUUUUGUUCCCAUACGACCUCGCGGCCGACGCGCCCUCGGGUGCGCACACCCCGCCAAUCCACACCGCCUCCAACCUGAACGCCAUUACUCGCAAGCAGGUUGUUGAUGUCAUUGUUCGCCUCGUGCGAGAGCGAGCUCCGAUCGAGGCCCGAGUGCUGGAGAUCGUGCUCGAAUAUAUUGGCCACAAGUGGCACUCCAGCGAAGGCGAUGUGGACAUUGUGUCGAAGAAACUUUUCGAGAUUGUGUCUGACGUUGAAGCCAACGAGCCAAGCAAGUGCGCCGGCGCUGUUGGCACCAUUCAGCGCCUUCGCUUCCAACUCGGCCUCGUCUCUGCAGCUCAGCUCGCUUCUCGCCUCAACUCCCUUCCAGCCUUCAUCCGCGACAGCACCGAUCUCGAUGCGAACCAGCUGAUCCACGCAUGGGCUGUUCGACGGUUGAACACUUCUCAGCUUCCGCAGUUUGUCGCGGACGCGCUGUUCAGUAUCCGCGAAACACUCAGUCAUGCGUCCCACCGUGAAGCCGUUGGAGGCGUUCUCAAAUCCCUAGGUCUUGAUGGGCGCCGGCUGUCUGGCAAGGAGUCCCCGCCUCGCGGCCGCAACCGAGUCACUUCACGCUCGUUUCAGACGUCGCCUCGCAUCUCACCAACGAAACGCAGAACGAUGCCGUUCCCCCAUUGGUUACCUCGUAACAGCACUCGCUUCAAUAACGGCGAGGAGCGCCGUCCUUCAUUACCGACGCUUCUUACACCCGCCGAGCCAGCCAACAUCUCCUGGCCCCUUCCAAUGCAUGGGCAAGAGGCCGGCGUGCCACGUUCGUCACCCGAUGGCUCUCCAUGCGGCACUCCGACCCCAACUGCAGGUGCUAGCCAAGCGGCGAACAGCCAGUUAGCUCUGUUGGAUCCGUACAGCGUGCGCAUUGCCGUGGUGGACCAGAUCCUGGAGCUGCGAUAUCGCCUUGGAGCCGACGCUGACGGCUGGUUCCUCGGCACAGGCCAGGACAAGGCAGCCGAAAUCGUGAACCACUUCCAUGGCUGCGAAGAGUUACGCGACACCAUUGUCGAGCUUCGUCGCACUUUCCUGCUCCCAGAUCCUGCUGUGAGCAACAAGUUAGGUUUAACUAUCGUGCCUCUCCGCCCCAGAGUCGACACGCUGUCGGUCGAGCGUCCCAGGAUCGGGCUUCAUGUCACGACGCCGAGCUUGGACACCGUCCCUGUGAUCCAUGAGCGUGACGUCUCAUUCGACCUCGAUCAGUACAUGGCCGACAUCUCCCACGACCCAGACGCCUCGGGCUCCACACUGAAGGCCGAAGAGGAGUUGGUGGCUGCGAGCGAGGAGGACGGUGCUGCGCCGUUGGAGUCGCCCGGUCUUCUCGUAGGGCCGGGUCCCGAGACGCGCUCGUCGGUGUCCUCCGAGGUGUCACACUUCUCGUUCGCGUCCAGUUCGAGCGCCCUCUCUGGUGGACGCCGCGGCUCAACCAUCUCCGACUUUGUCAUCUGCGAGGCUGUCCGAGUGGCCAUUGGUCACGGGUCACCAUCCCAGGCAACCUCAGGCCCAAUCACCAACGACCACACCAGUCCCAAGACUGUCCCUCGUCACUCCAAGUCACUUUCCAUGCUCUCAGACCCCGACAUGUACACCAGAGUCCCGGAGCUUCGUUCCCGUCGGAGCCCUCACCGUCACCAUGUCGCCAUGCCUUCCCUUUCCGCACCUCUUGGCACCACUGAGUUUGACCUGGAAUCUGCGGGCAAGCCCGUUCCCGGCACCACCCAGGAGUGCAGCUCGGUGCCACUCAUCUCUCCCAUCCCCAAAGCGUCUCCACCUGAAGUCGACUUCUCUAUCUCGCCAGUCAUCUCACCAGUCACGUCUCCCGUGGUGACGGCCCGUCCGUCGAAGGAGUUCCAGGCUGUCAUCUCAACGCCGCCUUCGCCUCCCCCUGACAUCGAAUCAUCCGCGGCAGCUCGCGAGCGAUCGUACCAGAGGUUGUCGACAUCUCCCAUCGACCGAGCCGGCUCCCGCACUCCUACCGUUGCUAGUCCGGAAGGUCGCUCCCGCCGGCACCGCCAAAUGGUCAUCGUGGACGGCGAACCCAUCAGCCCUGGUUCUACCAAAACGCCUCUCGGAAUGGUCUUGACUUUAUUCUCCCAGCGCAAGAACCUCACGCCCGACGCAGUCGAACAGAUCCUCGGUCAGGCUGUUCAGGUCGAAGAGGAGCGUAUGGUAGCUCAGGGCGAGGAGUUCGAUGCCGAGGCGCGCGUUCGCCUCGCUUGGCUGCUUGAGCAAGUGGCGAACGAAUUGUCGCAGCCAGAGCUCAUCGCUGCAGUCCAACGGGUCCUCUCCCGCCUUUCCAACAGAGAGAUUCCUGUCCGACGUCCGUCUUCGCCUACCUCGUUCUCGACCCGGUCUUCCCCGCCGUCCCCAUGUUCGCCUUUCGCCGUUGAUAAGGGAGAGGCAGGAGAGGCGCGCCGACGCAAAUCUACUCUGCCUCACCAGCACCGCUCUACCGCACCCCCGCCACCUCCUUCCAGCUUCGGCUCUCGGAUGUACGGCCGUCGAGACUUAACAAUCACCGUGCCUCCGCGCGCACGAUCAACGAUUCAGGUGACGAGCUCACCUCCGAGCAGCCCUUCAGUCGAGUCCGCCUCCUGGACCUACAGUCCGUCGCCUGAGAUGACCUCCGACUCGUCGCCUUCCCUGUACAGCAGUAGUUCUCUGUACUCGACGACAAUGUCGACUGCUGUGAGCACGGCUUUCAAUAUGACGGCGUCCAGCGAAGAGUCGUUCUCCACUUCACCCGUCUCCUUGCGCGGACCGCCGAGCAGCAAGCCACCGAUGGUCCGCUUCCCCAACUACACGCGCGGAAUGGGCACGCCGCUGCAACGUCAAAAGAGCGGCGCGACGUACUCUGCGCUGUCCGGUAAGCAGAGGGUGUCUCUCGUAUCCUCGCCGAACUCGUCUCCCCUUCUGCCAUGCACCCCGGACCAGUUCUCCGGUUCGUUCGAGUCACUUGAGUCGGCGAAGGGGAUCCGUCGCUCGCCCCUCCGACCUCAGCCGCCGAAGGUGUCCCCACCGAUUCCGCUUACCGACGUCCACGCACUGUGA